GCAGAAGCAAAAAGCAGCGGCAGCGAAGGUGGAAGCGCGUUUAGAGUCCAUGGCCGAGAAGCCGAAGGCUGCAAGCUGUGGGACCCGACCUGAGGCGCCGCUCCCGCCCGCUGCGCCGGUGCCGGUUGAGAAGCCAGCACCGGCACCGACACCUGUGGUGGUUGAAGAGGCGAUGAUG